AUGAAGGUCACCGUCGGAUUCGCUCUCAUUGCCACCCUCAUUUCCGGAGCAAGCGCUGUCAGCGAGUGGGGACAGUGUGCUGGAAUUGGCUACGGGGAUAAGCCCUGUGAUUCUGGACUGGUUUGUAUCUAUAUCAACGACUGGUACAGCCAAUGCCAAAAGGGAACAUCAACCCAGCAGUCUACGUCGACGCGGCAACCCACAUCCACCCAGCAACCCACUUCUAGCAACAACCCGACGAGCACGAGUACCGGCAGCACGUCAAACGCUACCAGCCUUGCUGGACGCAUGAAGGCCAAGGGCAGGCUCUACUUUGGUACCUGCAUCGACUCCUACAAUUUGAAUAACAACCAACUCACCAGCAUCGCAAAGGCGCAAUUCAAUCAGUUCACCCCCGAAAACUCCAUGAAGUGGGAUGCGAUCGAGAGCUCUCAGAAUAACUUCAAUUUCAACAAUGCCAACCAGGUUGUCAACUUUGCACAGAGCAUGGGUGCCUUGAUGCGAGGCCACACCUUUGGCACGUCUUGCGACCCAUGCAUCAUGCAUAUAUUAACUCCGUUUCAGCUUCCCAACUGGGUUGCAUCUAUCAAUAACCCCAAUACCCUCACGAGCGUCAUUCAAAACCACAUCGACAAAGAAGGUAGCCAAUGGAAGGGAAAGAUCUACGCCUGGGAUGUGUGCAAUGAGAUCCUGAACGAGGAUGGCUCCAUGCGCAGCUCCGUCUUCUACAAUGUUCUCGGAGAAAACUUUGUUUCCAUCGCAUACAACCGCGCACGACAAGUCGACUCCAACGCGAAGUUGUAUAUCAAUGACUACAACCUGGAUUCUGCCAACUAUGGAAAGACAACCGGCAUGGUCUCUCGCGUCAAGAAGUGGAGAGCCGCCGGCGUUCCUAUCGAUGGAAUUGGCUCGCAGGCCCAUUUGAAUGCUGGAGGUGCUGGUGGUCUUCAGGGUGCUCUCUCUGCGCUCGCUGGAACUGGAGUUGGAGAGGUUGCUCUCACAGAGCUGGACAUUGCAGGAGGCGGAGCCAAUGACUUUGUGACUGCAGUCAAGGCUUGUCUCGCAAUCUCCAACUGCGUGGGCAUCACCGUUUGGGGUAUCAGCGACAAGGAUUCGUGGCGUUCAAGUACGACCCCGUUGUUGUAUGACAGCAACUACCAACCCAAGCAGGCCUAUUACUCCGUCAUGGACGCGUUGGCGUAA